AUGGAGUGGGCAUCCCCAGGCCCUUCUUACUCGCAAUCAUUGCUGACAUCAGACAAGGGUUUCUGGUUCGGUAGUUUCGAUGUCGGCCUGUCUAAGAAUCUGAGCUUGCUCAUAGACACGGGCUCCUCAGACCUAGCCGUCAAUCCGGAUCGGUAUAAAGGCAGCAGUACUAGUGUCAAUCUACAACGGCAAGGCACGCUGGGGUACGGCACAGUCUUCGAAAAUGGAUGCGGGGUCGCAGAAAUCUCCUACUCCGUCUUCAAUGACUCCAUGUCCUUCGCCAACCUAAGUGUUCCCAUCCAAACCUUCGCUUCGGUAAAAUUCACCCCGCCUCCCGACAACGGCACCGUAACGCAGUUCCCACGUGACGGCGUCGCAGGUCUAGGAUCAUCCGACAGAUCCGGACUUAAAGCAACGCCAUUCUUCCACCAGCUAUGCGACCAGGGCACGGUCAAAGAAUGCCGCUUUGGACUCGCCUUCAAAGGAGAUGGGACGGGGGUUCAAGUCCUUGGCGAGGUUGACGAAACUUUGUUUUCGGGGUCGCCAAUAGCCCAGGUUGCGAAGCUCUUCGAAACCGCAGGCAUCCAAGCCGUCAACCUCUCCCUCCCGGGCUGUACGAAGGUGAUGACAGGCCAUUAUCCAUGCGAUAAGCCGCCAGCGAUUACUUUCGGUCUGAACUCCGGCAGUAAAGAUGCCUUUGGCAUCGAGGCAGCCGCGUUCAAGCAGGCAGUGAACGGUGGAAACAACUGUACGGCUACCAUUACGGGCAUCGAUAAUUUCAGGAUCUGGGUGAUUGGUCAAAGCUGGUUCCGAGGAAAGUAUAUUGAUUUUGACGUUACAGGGAAGACGAUCGGGGUCGCGUAUUUGAAGGACAAGUAG